AGUAAAAUAAAAAACUGACAAAUGACAAAAAGCGAAGUUCAAAGAGUUUAGUAAACAAAAUAACUAAAUCAGACUUUUGCGUAUAUUAUAAAGCGAUUUAUUACGUCGAAUUCAAAAUUUCACUUCUAGUUAUAUACUGAAAUAUUUUUUAUUGAAGUAGAAAGAAUUGUUAUUAACAAUGGAGCAAGUUCUGCAGCAUGUGGCACAGACGGUGGAGAAGCAGUUGGACAGCGAGUUGGAGAAAUUGGAUGCAAUGGACAGUGGUGAUUUGGAGGCAAUCCGGAGACAGCGCAUUGAGGAGAUGAAGAAAAGAGCAAAGCAGAAGCAGGAGUGGCUCACUAAUGGUCAUGGUGAGUAUACAGAGAUAGAUGGUGAGAAGGAGUUCUUUGUUGUGUGCAACAAGAGUGAGAAUGUGGUGUGUCACUUCUACCGCGCGGACACGCCGCGCUGCCGCAUCGUGGACAUGCAUCUCCACACCCUCGCUAAGAAACAUGUCGAGACGAGGUUCGUCAAGCUGGAUGUGGAACGAGCGCCAUUCCUCACAGGUCGUCUCAAGAUCCGCGUGUUGCCCACCAUAGGGCUGGUGAAGGAAAACAAGACCAAAGACUUCAUAGUGGGCUUCACCGACCUCGGCAACUGUGAUGACUUCACUACUGAAGUACUCGAGUGGAGAAUAGCCAGGGCAGAAGUGAUAGAGUAUUCAGGUGACUUGUUGGUGCCGCCGGCGGAGGCGCGACGGCAGCGCGCACUCACAGUACACACUAAGAAGACUAUAAGGGAGAAACACGAUAGUGAUUCAGAUUUGGACUUCAGCGAUUGAUUUAUUUAACUAUUUUAUUAUGCUUUUAAAUUUAACGCGUAAACUACUAAAUUGGUAGUUUUUGAAUGGCAACACUCGUAAUUAAAGUUAAUGUGCCUUUAUAUUACUACGUUAGAUUUAUUUUAUAGAUUUCACGGUUUUUUAAUUGCUGUACACAAAUUAUGUCUAAAACAGGCUUUGUUUGUCAUUUUUAUGUGCAAUAAUUUAUUACAAAAAGUACAAUUUUGGAUAAAAUUAUGAGAUUUGAAGAAUGUAUAGAUGAUUUUACAAAAUAUAUUAUGUAAAUUAAAUAAAUAAAGUACUUGUACUCACAAAUAUAUUGUCUAAUGGAGUUGAUUACGUCAUAUAAGUUUUAUUGUCAUAUUGUAUUUAUUUGGUUUUACAAUUUGAAAUAACUACGUCCAUAUUUCAUAAAUUUUAUUUUCUAACUA